UAUCAAUUUUUUUUUGUUUUAGUUCCUCUACAAUUUUCCUUCAACUUUUAAUCCCUAUAAAAUUUUCAAUCACUACUUUUAACUAACUUUCUUAAUAACCGGUUAAUUAAUUUUAAAACAAAAAACUAUACGUGUCAUCUGAAGAAAAAAUAAACUAGAAGGCGCCAAAAAAAUGAAUAAACUAAGACAACAUGAAAGACCAAAAAUCACCAAGUCUACCAAACAUUUUUUAGUAGAGUUCAAAUGCAUUUCUUUCUCUCUUUCAAAAAAAAAUAAAAAUGCAUUUCUUUCUCGUAAGGAAAAACAUUUGAUUCCACAAAAACAACAAUACAGAUCAUUACUUUCGUUGUUACAAACACAACAAGAGUUGCAUGGCGGAUCUAUUAAGUGGAGGUGCUGUUGGAGGUGUGAUGAGUGAAAUAUUGAAACAAGCUCUUCAAACAAUCAAAAAUGGUCGUGAAUUCGGUCCCACACUUGAAACCAGCAUUGAAACUUUGGAAGCUUUGGCUCCUUUGGUUGCAGAAAUGAAUGGUUUCAACGAUUUGUUGGGUCGACCAAGAGAAGAGAUAGAGAGAUUACUCGAUGAAGAGCUUUCCUUCUUUCCCACAUAAGAGAAGGUGAAGAGCUUGUGCAAAAAAGCAAGAAGCUUACUCGAUGGAACUUUCCUUCUUUCCCACGUUACCAAGGAAAGCUUAAGAAGAAAGAUGAAGGGCUAAAGAGACAUUUGAAUGUUAAUGUUCAAGUUGAGAAUAGAAGGGAUUUGAUGGAGGUGUUGACUAAGGUGAAUGGAAUUCUUGAGAUUUUGAUGAAAAUGGAUCAGUUUGAUAGGAAUCAAAUAAGGGGUUUGUGUGGUGCUCCUGAAGAGCCUGUAUGCAUGGGAAUGGAUGAACCUUUAAAUAAGUUGAAGAUUGAAUUGAUGAAAGAUGGUGUUUCUGUGCUUGUUUUGACUGGUUUGGGUGGAUCUGGUAAAACCACUCUUGCUAAGAAGCUCUGUUGGGAACCACAAAUCAAAGGCAAGUUUGGUGAAAACAUCUUCUUUGUCACCAUCUCAAAAACUCCCAACUUGAAGAACAUUGUGCAGGCACUAUUUGAACACUGUGGAUGUCGGGUUCCCGAGUUUCAAACCGAUGAAGAUGCAAUUAACCGAUUGGGACUACUGUUGAGGCAAGUUGGUAGAAAUCCAAUACUAUUAGUCUUGGAUGAUGUUUGGCCUAACUCAGAAGGCCUUGUUGAGAAUUUCAAAUUCCAAAUGUCAGAUUAUAAGAUUUUGGUGACGUCGAGGGUUGCUUUUAGAAGAUUUGGUACCCCAUUCGAGUUGGAUCCACUUGAUCAUAAUCAUGCAGUGUCUCUUUUCCAUCACUUUGCUCAAUUGAAUCACAGCAGCAUAUACAUGCCUGAUCUGAAUCUUGUCCAUGAGAUAGUGAAAGGUUGUAAGGGUUCACCAUUGGCGCUUCAGCUCGUUGCUGGAUCACUGUGUAAGCAGCCUUUUGAGAAGUGGCAAAAUAUGAAGGAACGUUUAAUGAGUAAAUCCAUUAUUGAGUCUAAUAGCACCGACUUGCUUUGUUACCUUCAACAAAGUUUGGAUAUAUCAGAGGAUAAAGGGCAGCAUGGUGCACUAAAGCUCCCGCAUACGCAGGGUUCGGGAAGGGGUCUCACCAUUUGGUGUAUUGUACGCAACCUUACCCUGUUUUUACACAAGAGGCUGUUUUCGGGGGAUAUAUCAGAGGAUAUCAAUGAAAAAGAGUGCUCCAUUGAUAUGGGACUAUUUCCUGAAGACCAGAGGAUUCAUGUUCCUGCCCUCAUUGAUCUUCCGGCAGAACUGCUUAACUCAGAUGAAGACGGUAGAGAGGCAAUGGCCACCGACAAUGAUUUAAUCACCGGAAAUUUGAUUAAUGCCAUAGCUACAAGAAUCUGUGCGGGAUGCAAUGCUGAGAUUGGCCAUGGAAGAUUUUUAAAUUGCAUGGAAGGUGACUGGCAUCCACAAUGCUUCACCUGUCAUGCAUGCCAUCUGCCAAUCACUGAUUAUGAGUUUUCCAUGUCUAGCAACCGACCUUACCAUAAAUCCUGCUACAGGGAGAAGUAUCACCCAAGAUGUGAUGUUUGCAAGAAUUUUAUCCCGGCUAAUUCAGCUGGCCUCAUUGAGUAUAGAGCUCAUCCUUUCUGGAUACAAAAAUACUGCCCAACACAUGAGCUCGACAGCACUCCUCGUUGUUGUAGCUGCGAAAGAAUGGAGCCAAAGGAUUCAAAAUAUCUUUUUCUUGAUGAUGGUCGAAAGCUAUGUCUUGAGUGUCUAGACUCGGCAAUUAUGGACAGUCAUGAAUGCCAACCUCUCUACCAUGAAAUACUAGAAUUUUAUGAAGGUUUAAAUAUCAAAGUGGAGCCGCAAGUUCCUAUACUUUUGGUGGAAAGACAAACAAUAAAAGAGGCCAUAGAGGGAGAAAAGAAUGGUCAUUACCAUUUACCUGAAACUAGAGGGCUCUGCUUGUCAGAAGAACAAACUGUCACCACCAUUUUAAGAAGACCAAUUAUAGGGGCAGGAUACCGAGUCACAGACAUGAUAACCAAACCUUAUAGACUGACCCGUCGAUGCGAAGUGACGGCCAUUCUUGUUUUGUAUGGCCUUCCUAGAUUGUUGACAGGAUCAAUCCUAGCUCAUGAGAUUAUGCAUGCAUGGCUCAGGCUUAAAGGUUAUCCCAACUUGAGGCCAGACGUUGAAGAAGGAAUCUGUCAUAUCUUGGCUCAUAUGUGGUUAGGAUCAGAGCUCUAUUCUGGGUCUGGGAAUAAUGAUGCACCAUGUUCAUCUUCAUCAUCAUCAAUGCCGCCUUCUUCUUCUGCAUCAUCGAAGAAGGGUAAAAGGUCUGAUUUUGAGAAGAAACUUUGCGAGUUUUUCAAAAACCAGAUUGAGUCGGAUACCUCACCAGCCUAUGGAGAUGGAUUCAGAUCGGGUUACCAGGCGGUACUUAAGUAUGGGCUCGAAAGCACCCUUGAUCAUAUCCAUUUGACCGGAACUUUUCCAUGUUGAAAAUUUGAAAGUUAGCAUAACUUUUUCGCCCAUAUGAACCAAUGCCUCAUCUUGGUCGGGAGUGUUACCUGUCUAGCCCUUCCGUUUCCUCGAAUCAAAUAUCAGUCGUCGGAUUAAUCUGAUGGUUGAUAGUGUUGGUCUCUCGGUGAUCAGAUUAAUUCAACAACUGAGUUAUUGUUGGAUAGGCAAAGGGAUUCAGCUGCCAUCAUACAAAUAUUGAGUAUCUUAAAAGCAUUUUUUAAGAAUUCCAAAGUAGGAAGUAUUGAAUCAAAGGAAAUGUUACCAUAAAUACUUUAUAUUUUCGAUUUCGUAUGAAGUAAUAAAAAUCCUAUGAUACCUUUAGGUUA